GAGCGAAGCGUCUGCGACCAGGGCACCGGUGUUGAAUGUUGGCGUAUUGAUACAGCGAUAUGUGUGAAAGGGAAGGGGAGAGGUGUUUGGCCCCUAAUCCUCUUAGCGGCAUUAUGCUGAGCUUCGUUCAAGCCCUGACAUGCGGUGCGCCCUUGUAGCUCCCCAAAAACCGGAGUCAGCAUCUCUGCGUCCGUUGCGCGCAGCUGGAGGAACGGUCGGCAGCGGUGUGGAGCCGAGCGGCCGGCGUCGCAGUCCUUCCACAGGUCAGGGUGGACAUCGGGGCAGCUGUGUAGGAUGAACCACACUUUGUGUAUGCGUGUCUGCCUCUUCUCUGUCAGUGGCGCCUUCUUGCCACAUAGCAGCGCAGGAACCAUCAAGGAAAAGCAAUGCAUCUGACAUAACUUCCUGUUUGGAGUCGAGACAAUGAACGUGCACUCGCCUCCGAGGAGGAGACUCAGACGCACGCGUGUUCUCUUCUUCGUCGCAGGUGUGCUGCUGUGCUUCGUCUACACGCUAUGUCUGAAGGCCAGGCUGUCACGGCCGCGAGCCUCCGCCCAGACGCACGAUGCUGUGGGAGCAGAGGGAGGUGGAGGUGAUGCCGUGGAGGUCAGCAUUCGCGAGGUGGUGGCGUCCAAUGAGACGGAGGAGGAGACUGUCUCACCCGAGUCCACCAAACCUCCUCUUUUGAUAAUUGUGAACAGGACAGAUAUUGAACAGUGUAUCUAUGUUGAUCCUCAACCUCCCAAACCACCUCCAACUCCGACUCCACCUCCACCACCGCCGACAACCACAGCUGCCCCUGGUCGCCCACCUCAGCCCCCUCACAGGAAGGGCGAGUACCCAGAGGACAUCUUCUCAGUGGAGGAGCGACAACAAGGCUGGGUGGUCCUGCACAUCCUGGGCAUGAUCUACAUGUUUGUCGCCCUGGCCAUCGUCUGUGAUGAGUUUUUCGUCCCUGCGCUGGAGGUCAUCACCAACAUACUGGAGAUCUCAGACGACGUAGCGGGGGCGACCUUCAUGGCGGCCGGAGGCUCCGCCCCCGAGCUCUUCACCUCCCUGAUUGGCGUCUUCAUCUCCCACAGCAACGUGGGCAUCGGCACCAUUGUGGGCUCAGCCGUCUUCAACAUCCUGUUUGUGAUCGGCAUGUGCGCCGUCUUCUCCCGGGAGAUGCUGCACCUCACCUGGUGGCCCCUCUUCAGAGACGUGACCUUCUACAUCCUGGACCUCAUCCUGCUCAUCAUCUUCUUUCUGGACAGCGUGAUCCUGUGGUGGGAGAGCGUGAUGCUGGUGAUGGGCUACGUCAGCUAUGUGUGCUUCAUGAAGUUCAACAGUCAGAUCGAGCAGGUGGUCAAGACGCAGCUUAACAAGCACAUGAGUAUCGUCAAGGUGUGGACGGCAGAGGAGCCAGAGAAGGAGAGUGAAGCUCAUCCACCUCCUGCUCCUCCUGCUGCGGCUCCGUCAAAAGCCGAAGAUAAAGCCAAACCAGAGCCUGCUCCACCUCCCAGCACUCCUCAGCCCAGCAAAGCCCUGCCAGAUGCACAAGACGACAAAGCCAGACACAGGCUCCGUCCCGUCCUGCAACGAGGUGGCAGCUCGGCUUCUCUUCACAACACCUCCCUGCGGAGCACCAUCUUCCAGCUGAUGAUCCACACACUGGACCCUCUGGGAGAAGAAGCCACCCUAAGAGGGGCUAUUAAAACCCCUGGCCCGAGGAAAGUCAGGAGAGAGACAUCCUUUAAUGGUGAUGUCAGAGGAGAGAGGUCUGUACAGAGGAAAGCGAAGAACAAAGUAAAACCUCUGAACGCCCCGGUGACGGGAAAACUGCAGAACAAGUCCCAUCAUUGCCGCAUCGAAGAUGAUGACCAGAAGGAGGCAAAAUCGGAGCAGCCUCCUCCUCCUCCUGCUGCAGCCUCCAGUUCAUCGGCGGGUGCUGCAGCCGAGCCGUCCACCUCGCAGCCUCCAAAGACAGAAGAGACGACUCAGAAGGCGCCGGAGCAGCCAGAAGAGUCAAAGGAGGUGGUGGAAGCAGAAGCAGUAGAAGCAGCAGAAGCAGCAGCAGCGGGAGCAGCAGAGGGGGGGUCAGAGGGCUCCCAUGGCAGCGCUGAGGACGAGAGCAGUGACCAGGAGAGCGGCGACUCCAGCGAGGGUGAAGACGACGAAGACGACGACAAGGAGGACGACGACAAAGAGCAGGAGGAAGAGGACGAGAAUGAGCCUCUGUCUCUAGAGUGGCCUGAGACCAGACGAAAACAGGCCACCUAUCUGUUCCUGCUGCCCAUCGUGUUCCCGCUGUGGCUCACGCUGCCCGACGUCCGCAACCCGGCGUCCAGGAGAUACUUUGCCAUGACGUUCAUCGGCUCCAUCUUGUGGAUCGGAGUCUUCUCCUACCUGAUGGUGUGGUGGGCUCAUCAGGUGGGAGAAACCAUCGGCAUCUCAGAAGAAAUCAUGGGCCUGACCAUCCUGGCGGCCGGGACGUCCAUCCCUGACCUGAUCACCAGCGUGAUCGUGGCCCGCAAAGGUCUGGGAGACAUGGCCGUGUCCAGCUCGGUGGGCAGCAACAUCUUUGACAUCACCAUAGGUCUACCGGUCCCAUGGCUCAUAUACACUCUGCUCCACAACGGCCAGCCGGUAAUGGUCAGCUCCAACGGCCUGUUCUGCGCCAUCGUGCUGCUCUUCCUCAUGCUCCUCUUCGUCAUCAUCUCCAUCGCCGUCUGCCGCUGGAAGAUGAGCCGAAUGUUGGGCUUCACCAUGUUCGUACUGUACUUUGUGUUCCUCUUCCUCAGCGUCCUGCUGGAGGACCGUGUCCUCACCUGCCCCAUUUCCAUCUGAGCCGACCGGUAACGACUUGGACCGUGCACACAGGAUCAGUGCAGUAGCUAGGAUGUGUUAGAGAAGAUCUGAACGCAGUGUCAAAAGUUGUUGCAAGGAAAAUUCCACUCCCGACAUAUUAAGUCUGACCAAAUUUUUCCAGCUGGGCCUUCAGUACUUACCAUCUGUAAUUUUUUUUUUUUUUUUUGAGUGUCUGAUUUGUGUUUGUGAUACAAAAAGUCAGAAAUCUGAGCUUUCUGCUCACAACAGUCACAUUUUACUCCUUACGUAGAGUUUAAAAUGCAGGAAGUAAUUUUCUACCAAGUAUCCAGUAUACUUAACUUCAGAUUCAUUUAAUUUCCUAUAUUUCCCAGACUUCUGUUGUCACUACAACUCACUCAUUAACUCAUUCAUGGUCUCUUGUUGCUAGUUUUGUCGUAUAGGCAACUGUACAGUCACAACUCAGGCUAGCUUAGCUUGUCUAAUAUCCCUGAUAGUCUGUUCCUGUGUGUGUGCCCCUUAACCCUUCGACAGUAGCUACUGGAAAUAUCUGGUUUUGUCACAUGAUCUAUCUUUUGUGGUGGAGCUUUCCUUUAAUUUUCUUCAAAACGCUCUCUGAGGUGACUAUGAUAGGGUUCAUUAAAAUGCAUUACACUGAAAUAGUGACGCUACAGAUUCACUGCAGCAUAUUCAGAAUCACUGGAUGCAACUUCAUUUCUGUAUGUUCAGUAUUGUCUGAACUGUAUCCCCUCCGAAUCUGUAUUAAACCCCACUAGUGUUCGUUCUUGUUUAGUGUAUAAAAGAGAUUUUGUGUGGAAAAUAUUUCAUUGCGUCAACAUAACCGUGGUGAAGGGAUCCAUUGAUUGUAUGUGUGUCAGGUUAAAUGUCUUAGAGAGAAAACCUGACCAGCGUCACGUUGUCAGAUGUUACCGUCGUGUUUGAGGCUCCUGUUGGAUUGAAGUGGAUGCAAACAUGGAUUAUUGAUAUGGGAAUCAAUAUUUCAAAUUAAAAUUCCAUGCUGCAAUAAAUUAUUUUUUUAACAGUGAA